UCCAUAAGCAGUGUCAUUUAACUUCAAAUGUGUCUGCUUUACUCAGGGAUACGAUCAAUGAAAGAUCCGAUCAUAUGUUUUUGUACCUAGUUCAGUUUUAUCGGUGGUAUUGGUUAAAAUCAGAGGUUUCAAAUUCACCCAGACAGUGAACCCAGAGGGACCUGGGGGAAGAGGAAGAAAGUCUGGGAGUUAAUUUUUUCUCAACUCUAGGUAUAAAAAUAGCAGCCAUGUCAUGGAUGAUUGCAAAGGCCUUUUCAAUAGGCUAUUGCGAAGAUUUAAUAACUUAAUAUAUGUAGAGUGCUCUGACGCAUUUGAAGGUUAACUUUUUUUUUUUUCAAGAAUCAAAAUUUACUUUUUCUGUGGAGUGUAAUUUUAGGUUAAUCCAUCUCGCAGUAUUUUCACAGAGAACAUAAGCGAAAGAGGAAUCUGUCCAGACACCCUUCACCCUCAGGUGGUGCUUCUGGAUCCUCAGUCUGCCCUGCCGUCUUUCCUUAAAGGGCCUGGGUCUGCAAUAAGCCUCCCGGAUGGCUCUUCCCUUUGGCAAUCACACCCGUCCUCAGGAUGUGCGGUACCUCCUGCUUGGAAUCCCUGGGCUGGCAGGUGUGCACACCUGGCUCUCCAUCCCCAUCUGCUUUAUGUACAUCCUGGCUGUCGCAGGCAACCUCCUCUUGGUCUUCCUGGUCGUGACCGAGCGUCGGCUCCAGGAGCCCAUGUACCUCUUCCUGUCCAUGCUGGCCUUAGCGGAUGUCCUGCUCUCCACAGCCACGGCCCCCAAGAUGCUGGCCAUCUUCUGGUUCCACUCCAUGGGAAUAUCCUUUGGCAGCUGUGUAGCCCAGAUGUUUGCCAUACAUUUCCUCUUUGUGUUAGAAUCUGCUAUUCUCCUGGCCAUGGCAUUCGACCGCUAUGUGGCCAUCUGUCACCCACUGAGAUACACCACAAUCUUAACCACCUCUGUCACUGGGAAGAUCGGCAUGGCAGCCGUGGUCAGGAGCGCCGUCAUAUGCUUCCCAUUCAUCUUCCUGGUACAUCGACUUGCAUACUGCGGGAGAAACGUCAUUGCCCAUUCCUACUGUGAGCACAUGGGCAUCGCCAGACUGGCAUGUGACAGCAUCCGCGUCAACAUCGUCUACGGCCUGACCGUGGCCCUGCUGUCCACAGGGCUGGACAUCGUGUUCAUCGUGACGUCCUACACGAUGAUCCUUUGCACCGUGUUUCAGAUACCUUCCUGGCCUGCCCGGUUCAAAGCCCUGAACACAUGUGGGUCCCACGUCUGUGUCAUCCUUCUGUUCUACGCCCCAGCAUUCUUCUCAUUCUUUGCCCAUCGCUUUGGGGGUAAAGCCAUCCCUCAUCACAUCCACAUCCUAGUAGCCAACCUCUACGUGGUGGUGCCCCCGAUGCUCAACCCCGUGAUUUAUGGGGUGAGGACCAAACAGAUUCAACAGCGAGUGGUUUGGGGUUUCUCCUCCGUUUUCACCGCCCGUUGUUAACAUGAAGCAUCAUGCCAA